AUGGCAACAAGUGCCCAAGAUAAAUUAAGCGCUCAGAAUUCAAAGAGUGAUAAAAGAAAACAAAAAAACGUGAGUUAUGAUAAUACGAGUGAUAAUCAUAUAAAUAUUGAUGUUGUAGAAAAAAGUGAGGGUAAUUAUAAAGAGAAUUAUGUGUUCUAUAAAAAGGAUAUGUGUGAUGAGAAUAUUAAGAUAAGUAAUAUGGAAGGCAUGGAUAAGUUUGAUAAAUGUAACAAUAAUGAAAAAAAAAUGGAUACUACUACUAUUGCUACAUAUAAUAAUAAUAAUAGUAAUCAUAAUAAUAAUAAUUAUUAUAAUAGUAAUUAUAAUAGUUGUUAUGGUGUUGAUCAGAAUAAUAAUUUUCAUUGUCAUGAUGAUGAUCAUAAAAUUUUAAAUAAUUGUUGUAUGAAGGAAGAUUGUUCAGAAGAAGAUAAUGAUCUUUGUGAUGACUAUCAUAAUAUUGAUAUUCUCAAUCUUGAAGAAGAGAAACAUUUUUGUAAUGUUUGUUUUUCUUUUUUAUAUUAUAAGAAAUAUUGUUUCUUUGAAUUGUUAAGAAUAUAUAAAAAUUAUUCUUGUCUUAAUGAAGAAGAGAAAAAUCUUCUUACAGAAUCAAUUUAUGUAAAGCUAUAUAAAAUGUAUUUAACUACAUUAAAUAAUUAUUAUUUUAUUCUUAAUAUAUUAUUACCCCAAAUAUCAACACACAUAAUUAUGCAUCUUCUAACCUUUACAUUCCAUAAAAAAGAAGAAGAUGAACAAAUGAAGGAAGAAUAUGUAAUCAAUGAAAUUAUAGAUAAAUUAACAGAUGAAGAAUUGAAAAAUAUAGACAAAGAGUACAACUAUCAUAAUUUUAAUGUGCGACUCUUGUGUAAGGAUGAUGCUCUUAUUAUAUUGAAUGAAAUAAAAUCAAAGAUGGUCAAUAGUCAGAAUGAAAAAAGAAUAUUUGACAUACUUAACAUGAAUUGUGCAGAUCAUAUUGUGGAUGACAAUACAAGUGGUAAUAACAAUACAAGUGGUAAUAAUAAUACAAGUGGUAAUAAUAAUACAAGUGGUAAUAAUAAUACAAGUGGUAAUAACAAUACAAGUGGUAAUAACAAUACAAGUGGUAAUAAUAAUAAUAGUGAUAAUAAUGAUAAUUGUGAUAAUAAUGAUAAUUGUGAUAAUAACAAUAAUUGUGAUAAUAACAAUAAUUGUGAUAAUAAUGAUAAUUGUGAUAAUAACAAUAAUUGUGAUAAUAAUGAUAAUUGUGAUAAUUUUCAUAAUUGUGAUAAUAUCUCUGACAAAAACAAAGUCAAUACAACACAUAUCAUACAUAAUAACAACAAAAGAGAUGACCACACUUACAAAAAUAUUAAUCAUUACAGUGACAACAAUUCUAAUCAUUAUUGUAAUAAUUUAGAAGUAGAUACACAUAAGGAAGUGAACCCAGAUGUAGACCUUGAUGUACAUAAUGUUAGAGAUUCACAAAUUAAUUUUGUAGAUUCUAAAAAUAUAGAAGAUGAUCAUAAUGAUAUGAAGGAAAAUAUUUGUAAUAAUAAAAAAACGUUACAUGAUGAUGAUAAUAUUUCUAAUGAUAAUUUUUAUGUGAAUGAAAAUAAUUCAAAGUAUGAACAUACUCCUCCUGGAAUGAGAAUAUCACAUGCUUAUACUCCAACAUUAGAUGAUUAUAAUUUAAUUCAAAAUAUGAGUAAAGUAAGAAGUACUUUAAGACAGUUUGUAAGAGAUUGGUCCUUGGAAGGUCAAGAAGAAAGAGAUAAAGCAUAUUUACCUUUAUUAAAAAGUUUAGAUAAAUAUUUACCUGUUCAUAAUAAUUAUAUUCCAAAAAUUUUAUGUCCUGGUUCAGGUCUAGGUAGAUUACCAUAUGAAAUUGCUAAAAAAGGAUAUAGAAGUCAAGGGAAUGAAUUUUCUUAUUUUAUGUUAUUAGGUUCUAACUUUAUUUUGAAUUAUUAUAAUGAGAAAUAUUCUUUAUCUAUUCAUCCAUAUUGUUUAUGUACAUCCAAUAGAAGAAGUAGAGAUGAUCACCUAAAAAUUAUAAAACUACCAGAUGUUAAUACAUAUAAUAAAAUAGUUCUAAAUACAGAUUUUUCUAUGUGUGCAGGAGAAUUAAUUGAAGUUUAUUAUAAUGAUAAAGAAUAUUUUGAUGGUGUAUUAACAUGUUUCUUUUUAGAUACAGCCAAAAAUCUUUUCAUGUAUAUAAAAACAUUUGCAUCUAUAUUGAAACCUAAUUCAUUGUGGUCAAAUAUUGGACCACUAUUAUAUCAUUAUUCUGAAAUGCCAAAUGAAAUGUCUAUCGAAUUGGCUUGGGAUGAAAUACAAAUUAUUAUAUCCAAGUGGUUUACUAUAAAAGAAAUACAAUGGAUUGAUAAUUAUUAUACAACCAAUUUUGAUUCAAUGAUGCAAGUCCAGUAUCAUUGUGUUUUUUUUAGUGCCAUCAGAAAUGACAUUCCGAUCAAUUAA